CUUCUGUGGUGAAUAAACAGAAACAAGCCAUCCUUCCAGCUGACUAUGCUCUUACUACUGACGUGCGAGCUAGAUGCUAUACAUUGAUGAUGAUGUCCUACGGUUCCUUCGCAAGAAUAGCACCAGUAUGCCUGCACAUGAUUCUCUGGAUCUUUCAUAUAAUGGCGGACCGGGUAUUGAGCGAAAGCCCGGCACAACGCGCACCGCGUCGCUCCAUAAUCACUCUAUGCGACAUAAAUGAUAAUUACUGUGCUUCACCAUCACUUUUACUCCCGUGGCACGCCCCAGGAAAUUGUUUGUCGUAGAGAAGAUAGUAUCACGAGCGACAGUCACAAACAGCAGCUGUCACUCACGAUCUCGCUCCAUGCCCUGAUAUAUAUUUCUGGGAAUAUUCAAUUCGCACAUCACAAGCUUGUCACUCUGUGUUCACAGA